AGCCUUAGACAACGGGGGAAGAAUAUUCUCGCUUUAAGCAAGCCUAGGCGACGGCCGACGGCCACCACUAGGCUGAAUUUCCCUUAGAGGACGAGACAAGCCUUUUUCUUUUUUUCACGGAUGGAACUUUCGCGGAGAAGAGAGACACUCGGAAUUCUAGGCCAAACUUCGCAACGCGUAGUUCCCGAUUCACCCUCAGCCCAGAGCCGAGCUCUUCCGGUUCGACUUCGUCAGCGACAUCGAGCUCCCGGCACACUCUCACAAAGGGUAAGGAAUAAAUCGUUUCCAAGAUGGGGGCGAUGUUCAGGAGCGAGGAUAUGGCCCUUUGCCAGCUGUUCAUUCAGCCGGAGGCGGCUUACCUUUCCGUUUCUGAACUUGGAGAAACCGCUGAACGGCGACGUGAAUUACUUUCAACGGAAGUUCGUCAACGAGGUACGGCGAUGCGACGAACUGGAACGCAAGCUUCGAUACAUCGAGACGGAAGUGAGGAAAGACGACGUGCCGAUCGCGGAUAAUCUUACGGAGCUACCGCGCGCACCCAAUCCCCGUGAGAUUAUAAAUCUCGAGGCGCACGUCGAGAAAACGGAGAACGACAUACGGGAGUUGAGCCAGAACGCGGUGAACCUGAAGAUCAACUAUGUCGAGCUGACGGAAUUACAGCAUGUGCUCGAGAAGACGCGAGCGUUCUUCACGGAGGAAGAAGCCAACGACUCGAUCUCCCGGGCGCUCAUUAACGAGGAACCACAGAAUCCGGUCUCCACGACUCGCGGACGCCUCGAAUUCGUCGGCGGGGUGAUAAAUCGUGAACGGGUUCCAGCCUUCGAGAGAAUGCUCUGGCGGAUAUCGCGCGGGAACGUGUUCCUCCGGCAAAGCGAGCUUGAGAAACCACUGGAAGAUCCGGCUACGGGCAAUCAAAUUUACAAGACGGUCUUCGUGGCGUUCUUCCAAGGGGAACAAUUGAAAAGCCGCAUCAAGAAGGUUUGCGCCGGCUUCCACGCCUCGCUCUACCCCUGCCCGACCAGUCUUGCGGAGCGUGAAGAAAUGGUGAAAGGCGUUCGAACAAGACUGGAAGAUCUCAAUUUGGUAUUGAACCAAACGCAAGAUCAUAGGCAGCGUGUUCUGCAUAACGUGGCGAAGGAGUUGCCAAACUGGAGCAUUAUGGUGCGCAAGAUGAAGGCCAUUUACCACACGAUGAAUCUAUUCAACAUGGACGUGUCGAAGAAGUGCCUUAUCGGAGAAUGCUGGGUGCCAGUUUCCGACCUCACCACCGUGCAGAAUUGCCUGACGGAAGGAUCGCGACUCUGCGGCAGCUCCAUACCGUCAUUUCUCAACGUGAUCCACACGGACGAGAACCCGCCGACGUUCAACCGGACGAACAAGUUCACCAGGGGUUUCCAAAAUCUGAUCGACGCGUACGGCGUGGCGUCGUAUCGCGAGGCUAAUCCGGCGCUCUACACCAUCGUGACGUUUCCCUUCCUGUUCGGCGUGAUGUUCGGCGAUGCCGGCCACGGACUGAUUCUGACAAUCUUCGCCGCCGCUAUGAUAAUACGGGAGAAGAAGAUCAUCGCGCAGAAAUCGAGCAACGAGAUUGCGAGCAUAUUCUUCGGCGGACGUUACAUCAUCCUCCUCAUGGGUCUGUUCUCCAUAUACGCUGGUCUGAUCUACAACGACGUGUUUUCAAAGUCGCUUAACAUAUUCGGAUCUAGUUGGAGGAUCUCUUACAACGAGAGCACGGUGAACGAGAACCCGCUGCUCCAGUUGCACCCGGGGAAUGAUUAUAUAAGGCAUCCGUAUCCUUUGGGCUUGGACCCAGUUUGGGCGCUCGCGCGCAACAAGAUUGUAUUUCAGAAUUCGUUCAAGAUGAAGCUGUCCAUCAUCUUCGGCGUCGUGCACAUGAUCUUCGGCGUGUGCAUAAACGUCGUCAAUAUCGUAAAUUUCAGAAGGUAUCACAGCUUCUUCUUGGAAUUCCUGCCGCAACUAUUCUUCCUUAUUGUGCUGUUCUUUUACAUGACUGUCUUGAUGUUCAUCAAGUGGAUUCUGUACAACUCCAAUGAUGACAAGUCGAUGCGAAGUUCGAUGUGCGCACCAUCGGUCCUGAUAACGUUCAUCAACAUGAUGCUCUUCAAGCACGCCAACAUGCCCCCGGAAUGUUCCGAGUACAUGUUCGAAGGACAAAACAUCCUGCAGUUCGUUUGUUUGGGUAUCGCUGUCGCGUGCAUUCCGGUGAUGCUCUUCGGCAAGCCGUUAUACGUCCUGUGCACGAGGGCAAAGAGAGUCAGGAAUAAAGGGAAAACCUUCAGCAACGGGAACGCAUCGCAAGAGAUCGAGAUGCAGGUGGCGGGGACCAGCAAAGACACGGCCGGCGGCGGUCACGGCAACCAUGACGAUAUGUCCUUUGGCGAGCUGAUGAUCACUCAGGCGAUCCACACCAUCGAAUACGCGCUCUCCACUGUUUCGCACACCGCCUCGUACCUGCGAUUGUGGGCGCUGUCGUUGGCUCACUCACAGCUGUCCGAGGUGCUCUGGGGAAGGCUGUUACGGUUGGGCAUGGGCGCCACGGAAGGGGAUUACGUCACCGGUGCCUUACUGUCCAUCUUCUUCGCCGUCUGGGCCUUCUUCACCAUCGCCAUUCUCGUCAUGAUGGAGGGCCUCUCGGCGUUCCUGCACACGCUUCGACUUCAUUGGGUCGAGUUCAUGACCAAAUUCUACGAAGGCACGGGAUACCCCUUCCAGCCAUUUUACUUUAAGAGUAUUUUAGAUGCCGAGGAUGCCGAAGAGUAAACGGCCGCUAGUCCAGACAGCAAUAAUCGUUAUAUAUAUAUGUACACACAUUUAUUGAGUUACGCGCGAAGACGUCUUUAUACAUUAUGCAUGUACUUUAUACAUUAUGUAUCGAAUAUUUUCGUAUAUACGCCAGGCCUUGUUUCGUUGCCUAAAGAACCAGAGGGAGAGAGAGAGAGAGAGAGAGAGAGGGAGAGAAAGAGUACGGGAGGACCAAAUCGCCGUGGAUUGUUUUAAACGGAGUUUGACAAUGUGCCUUCGGUAAUUUUAGUCUUCGAUCGCGUGCCUGUAUACAUACGAUUGGAUUAACGCCGCGCUCGUGCACCCGAUCGCGCGCCAUUUUUCUGUAAUAUUUAAGAAGAAAAAAAGGAAACGUCGGUUUUUAGUUCUGGCGAUCAAUAACGCAGGCGAACCGCUUUGUUUUCAUGAAAUAACGAGCGAAUAAAUCGGCGAAGAACCCGGUAGAGAGGAGGGGGUGGGGGAGGGGGAGUAGCACCGCGUUUCAGCAUUAAUCCGUCCGAUUGUACAUCGGUCGAAUAUGCGUAUGCGAUAAUCGCAAUAACAGUUUUAUCACGUUUCUCUCGCGAAUGUUUUCGCGAGCGCGCGCUUGCAAAGCACAUAGCGAAGCCGAACGUAGAGAAACACAUUUAUUUGCGCAUUAAAUAUUUAUCGGUUUUCGCCUGGCCGCUCGGUCCGCAAUCGAAUCUCUCCGAGGGGAGAGUGAAAAUUCAUCCGGCCGUGCGAAUAUCACGACUGAGCUUUCCCGCGUUUUUAUUCCCGUCCGUAUUAUUUCGCGCCGACUCUUCUGAAUUAAACCGAUCGCACUUUGCGCGGGUCGUUUGAUGAAAGAAGAAAAAGGAAAAGAGGGGAAAAAAGAGGGAAGACAGACGACGACUCUCAGCCGUUCUGGAACUAAUCGUUUUGUUUGAAACAAGAUACGCUUAGAGCCGAGAUCCGCUCGUUCAGUGUUAAGGCUCUUGUUUCCUCUCGCCACGGUCAUUUUGUUCAAUGACGUCAGAAACGAGACGACACAUACUCGGCAUUCUGGCGAAGCAAACUUUGCAACAAAGGGAGAUGUCUAUGAAAUGAUACUCGCCGUCUCGAUCAAGCAGAUUCGGCAGAAAAGAGUCCGGAAACUUUCCUUUCGCCCCGAUGAUCGAUAAGUAGUCACGAAAGUAACGCGUCGCAAAAUAGUUAAAAAAACAGGCUACAUUCCAUCUCAGGUGAUUUACCAUUAAUUUUUUAAUAUUACGCAAUCCUCGGGAUCGAGAUCGCGACGUGUCACAUUACAGGCGUACCAUUCUCGCUUCGACGAAUUUCGAGCGCGUAUCUUCACGUUUUUCCGACGCCAUUAAUCAAGAUGACCGCAACGAGGGGUGGGCGGGAGGUGUGCUGAAAGCGUCGCGUGUUGUAAUCGCGGCGUUACGAACGCCGAGUGUAAAAAAGGAGAAUGUAACAGGUGCAUGCGCGAUUCACAAAUCAUGCCGCUGCCGGCGCGUUGCUACCGCUGUUGCUGCUACCGCUGCUCGGCGCGCAUCGUAUUCAUUCCAUUAAUUACCUAGUAGAGCGGGGACACGCCAUAGUUGAAUAGUUUGUCCUUAAGUAACGUCGUUUCGUAACGUUUUAUCGCUCGGCGAGGCUAUUAAUCGCGACGCGUGGCAGAGCCCGUCUUCUCCGCCGCGGGAAGAGCGGCGGACUCGAACUGUUGUAAUUUCCGCCCCGCCGCGGAAGAAAUCGCCCGGACAAACGCGCCCGGCAAACGAGUCCCCGCGAACUCGACUCGGGAGUUACGAGUAACGUAAUCAAUUUACGUCCGAUGUCCCGUUGAUUCGACAAUUGACGAUCAUUAACAGAGGCUCGCGCUAACAGAUUACGCUCAGGUAACGUCGGUGCCGCGAACCCGUCGGCAAUUGCAAUACGGCCCGGGUGUCGGGAAAUCUGGGAGAAAACCGCCGCUACGCAGGGCCUAAUUAAUGUUCGACAGCGUCAGCGAGCAGCGUCGCGAACGUACAUUAUACACGUACAUAUAUAUAAUACAUUCUGCAUUAUUAAAGUACAAAUCCUCCUGAGUGAUGGGUAACCGAGGGUAGUCGAACUUAGGCGAGCGAGUUACCAUUGCGACUGUAUCUGCUGUAGAAAAUAGCGCAACGUCGUCGAUGAAAAAAGAGAGAGAGAGAGAGAUACAUAUGUACGCACGCGUACAUGCACGAGUUGUUCCCGAGAUCUCAGCCGAAACCUCACCGAUGGAUUACUUCGACUUCGUCGAUGUCGAUUUUUUUAAAUUAACGGGAUGUCAAAUUUUUUAAAAAAAGGAAAAAAAGCAAACGCCUGCAAUUUAACGAUGAAGUUUCACACCCGAGUGUUUCGUUCCAGAAUUUUCACGGAAUAGAUAUCUUUUUUUACUGAUUAAUUGUUUUUAUCGCGUGUCUCAGAGAUUCAGUCGCGCGAUUGUUGCGUCGUGACGUUGAAACGUUGCAAUAAAUGCCACCUGGAAAAUUUUUCCCGGGUAAACAACGCCGGCUCCGAUUCGGCGAUUGGUUUGUUUCGCGUGCGUUGAAACUGAGGGGCCGAGAUCUCUGGGACACCUUGUCGAUAAACAAUAUGUAUACAUGUAUAUAUUUUAUCAAAAAUGUGUUAUAUGUUAUGAAAUAAAUCGAAAUUACGAAAGCUGCAUA